GCCAGGGUGGGACGGAGUUGGAGCGGGAGUCAGCCGGGGCCGGAGUCUCAGUCGGAGCUAAAGUCCUAGUAAAAACGGGGCGGGCUGGGGCCGCUGCCGGCGGACUUUCCGAAAGCUUCUCCCUCGCGCCCCGGGGCCCGUGAAGGCGUCGGCUCCAGGCGGCGGGCCCCACCUCUGCAGACAGGCUCCGCGGAGGUCGGCGCCCGGGGCAGAGCGCAAGGCUGGCGGCCAGGAGUUGGAGGAGCCCCAGGAGCGCGCGCGCCGGGCCGCUGCCGGCCCUGGUGCUGCUCCUGUUCGUGCUGGGGCUGGUGCCGGAACGUGCGGCAGAGAGUCCCUGGGCACUGCCUUUAGUGGCCGAUGGCCCCGUUCCGUUAGCAAAGGUGUUGAUGGCAGAACUAGCCAAAGUGCAACUGGAAGACAAGCCAUGGCCAAGAGGGACUCACUCCCUCCGCUACCACUACCUGGCCCUGUCAGCGCCAGGCCCGGACCUACCCCAGUUUCUGGCUGUAGGCUAUGUGGACGACCAUCCCUUCAUCCAGUAUGACAGUCAUGCGGACAGGGCUGAGCCCCAGGUCCCAUGGAUGGCGCCCCUGGAUGCCCAGUACUGGGAGACAGAGACCCAGAAGCAGAGGGUCUGGGCGAAGGUGCAGCAGGUGGAGACAUGGAUGGUGAUGGGCUACCACAACCACAGCAGCGGCAUGCACAGCACACAGCGCAUGUUCGGCUGUGAGGUCCAGGAGGACGGCCACUCCAGUGCCUUCUGGCAGUUUGGCUUUGAUGGGCAGGACCACCUGUCUCUGGACCUGGAGACACUGAGCUGGGUGUCAGCCAAGCAUGUGGCCAUAGGGACCAAGCGCUGGUGGGAGGCCGAGCGCUGCUAUGCAGAAUACGACAAGGCUUACCUGGAAAGCAUCUGCCUCAGCUCCCUGCGCAGGUACCUGGAGCUGGGAGGCCAGAGCUUCACUCGGAGAGAGCCACCCAGAGUGCACGUGACAGGCCGCACAGCCCAGGCUGGGGGCACCAUGCUGAAGUGCUGGGCCCUGGGCUUCUACCCACAGGACAUCUCAUUGAGCUGGUGGCUGGGUGAGGAGGAGCUAGCUCUCGAAACCGAGUACGUGGAGACACGGCCCAGCGGGGAUGGCACCUACCAGACGUGGGCAGCCGUAUGGGUGCCAGCUGGGAAGGAGGCCUUGUAUGCCUGCCAUGUGCAGCACUCCAGCCUGGACCAUGUGCUCACUGUGGCCUUGGAACUACCCUCUCACCAGUGGAUGACCUCCAUCACCAUUGUUAUCACCAUUCUCUUGCUGGUGGCUGGAAUUGUGUUCCUGGUCAGGAGGUGCCGUCAAGGUGGAACAGGCCCUCGCUGUUACCAAAGCCCAGAUGGAGCAAGGGCUGCUCAACAACUCUGCUGACAAGUCCACCAGCUCAGCUCAGCAAGGUGUUCUGGAGCCUGGAGGUCCCCUGCACUGGCUGGCUGACAGGUGUGAUCUGACUGUGAAGGGCCCACCCUGCCCCCAAAACAGCCCUUAGCCCCACCAACCUCAUUGCAGCCAGUCUGUGCUGCCAAGAUGGCUUUGCAUUUUCCUGAAAUCCUCUGAAAAUGCUUAAUUGCUUCCAGUCUGGAGUGCAGGAUGGAGGGCAGUAAAAACACCUCAUGUCGGUUCACAAAUGA